CCCCUGCGUUUGCUCCUCGCGCGCUGCACCUCGCCGAGAGCGGGGUAGUUUUCGUACGAAGCGCCCUUCCGUCGAGUCGCUGAAAGAGAAAGAGAGAGAGCGAGAGGGAAAGAAAGGGGGAGAGGGAUAGGAAAGAGAAGGAGAUAGGAACGCACACGAAUUGCGGUGCAAUCCGCUGCAACGGUGUGUGACAGACGAGGCUGGAAGUGUAACCGAACGAUGGAAUUAAAGAGGCGUGAUCCGUCGCGAUCGGCCGCCUUGGGAAUUUCUCCUCGCGGAAGCGGUUGAGCGAAGUGCAAACGGUUUCUCGUCCGUUCCGGCUGGUCUCGGAGAAAGAGAAUGAGAUAGAUAGAUAGAGAGAUAGAGAGCGAGAGAAAGAGAUAGCGUCCCGCGAGUGCAACGAGCUAAUCCGCGAUAACGGAGAGCAAUCUCUCCCAAAGGGAUUUUCCCUGACGUCCUUCUUGCGCUAUCAGUGUGGAACGUGAAUUGUGCAGAACGUCACGAUCGCAGCAGGUAACUUCCUAAAGACGGUUCUAUUUUUUCGAGACACACCACUACAUAGACACCGCUUUGUGCAUUAGAAAGUCGAUCGCUCCGGCUCGCGCGCCGAAGGUCCGCUUAAAACACGGCUCCUUUUCGUUUCCCGUGGCCGCCCGAGGCCAGGCGAGGCAGAAUCCGCAUGUAAAUGGAAUCUUCCCCGUUGAGACAACCAUACGGGAGUUCUUCGAUAAAGGGGCCGCGAAAAGCAAGUCGUGAAUAUAAAUGCGCCCUCGCGCUUUGAGAAUCAGAACGUGCCGGAUGCCCCCGUUCCCUGAAACGCAGCCUCGCAUUACAUAGACAGAUGCAGCUGUCCCGCGUUAUCGAGAGGCACGAUUGCAAAAGUGAUAAGCGAGACGGAGACUCUUCCAGCGUAGAAAAUUCAGAAUAACGUCAUGCAUGAUAAUGUUAUCGGGAGCUGGAAUAAAUCUAACACGCCGAUUACCGUGUUAGAGUAAUAACGUAAAUUAUCAAGGCGACAGACAAAAGAACAGAGACAAAGAUAGAGAGAGAGAGUGAUAAUACUGCGAAUGUCGAAGGAAAAGGUGGAUGGAAUCGAGAGACACGUUGUCCAUGCAUUUUCGCGCUGCGUGCCGCCGAUGAUACGAGCGAAUACGCGUCAGCUUACCGGAGCCUCGAUCUGUUCGUCGACGAUGCUGCUUGACAAACAACACCACCUCCUUGCCCAUGAGGAUCGAAUCGGAUCGUCGAGAAAUAAACUCAAGAGACUGAAGAUGACGACGGCUGAACGAAGACCUGUGCACGACCUGUCGCGUUUUUAAACAGCAGAUAAACUAAGAACGCGCUCACCAUCGCGCCGGCAUCAUGGGGAAUGGCAUGAACAAGGUGCUUCCUGGUCUUUAUAUAGGUAAUUAUCAGGACAGCAAGGACGCCGAUCAGCUGGAGCGUUUCGAAAUCACGCAUAUUCUGGCUAUUCACGACACGGCCCGCCGUUUGCAUUCCGACAAGCAUUACCUAUGCAUCUUGGCCGCCGACAGUCCCGAUCAGAACUUAACGCAGUAUUUUUCUCUGUGCAACGACUUCAUUCAUUCCGCCCGUCUUCGCGGUGGAAACGUUCUGAUCCAUUGUCUUGCAGGAAUGUCGAGGAGCGUGACAGUAGCGGUGGCCUACAUCAUGAGCAUUACUAAUCUCUCCUGGAAAGAGGCGCUUAAAGUCGUUAGGGUCGGUCGAUCCAUUGCAAAUCCGAAUGCCGGUUUUCAACAGCAGCUCAAGGACUUCGAAUCUAGCCGCUUACAAGACGAGCGUAAUAGGUUGAAAGAGCGAUUUCCCAGCCUCGCUCUUGCCGAAUCCGACGCCGAGGUCUGCAGCUCUACCCUGAGGAAUUACGAAACGCUGGCCCUAGCGAAAGAGGUGUGCGAGGGUAAGUGCGCCAUGGGACGCACUUGUCCAACCGGGCUUUGCCGUCAGGCAACUUCUAAGAGGACUUUAAGAAGAAAGUCAUCCACCAGCAGUAUCGGAAGCGCGUCAUCCGGCAGGACACCUCCGCAAACACCCCGGAUGCUUCCGUCCGCACCACCCUCGCCGGCUUUGCACAGAUCAUCCAGCAUUGUGUCCACAUCGAGACCACGGAGUGGACCGGCAGGAUUGCAUUCUUACACCGGAGGAUCCGCUCCACCUUCUAGAACUGCGUCGAGGGUGGACCUUUCGGCGGCAGUGGCUUGCAGCAGCAGCAACGCCAGCCUCUCCGCCGUGGGCAGAUCGAGCGCGUUCUCCAGUAGCAACUGGCGAUUGACCGCCGGUUCCGCUCCGAACACGCCGAGACCGACGCCGCCGGUCUCGCCGCAAUGCUGGCCGAGGCGACUCUCGAAUCGGCAGACGCCGCAGUUGCCGGUACCACCGGAUUCACCGGAAUCCCAUCCUUCGACAAUGACGUAGCAGCGGGACUUGCGCGGUUCUCUGUCGAGCCUGAUGGAAUAACGAGCCGAAGGAGAUCGGCGAACCGCUCGAGGAUUUUACCACCAACAUUAUGCGCUCUUCAUCGUCGGCAGAUUAAAUUACGAAUUUGCUAUCAUUUUUUGGACGCGAUUAUUUGGAUGAGUCCUGGGAGGAAAUUUCCGGUAAAAGAGAAAGGAAAGAUUUCGAUGAAGGUAUCUAUGAAUUAUAUAAAGACGUGCCUGCGAAUGUUUUUUACAUGUUUGGGACAUUUGGGAUAUUUAGUGGAACGUAUAAUCCGGCGGAGUUUGAAACACUAUUACGGAUAAAUAAUGAUCUAUGUGAUUUUGCAAGAUGGUAUGUGUCGGCUCGAUUUGAACUCGGGUCGGCGAGGAAAACGACGAUACAUGCGCGUAACGCGUUGUUGGAAAUUGUUGGUGACAUUGACUUAUACAAGUUGUUACAUGUUGUUGCUUAUACUCAGCGAGAAAGUGCUUUUACCGCGAAUGGGAUGGGAAACAACGAGAUUCUCUUCGUACGCAUCGGGAACACUUUGUGUUUUAAAUUUCGCGUCCUACGAUUAUCUUCGUCCUGAUGAUUAGAUUCUCUCAACGGAGAGAUACGAGUAACGACAUCGAUGGAUACUGUGACAAUCUGUUAUUCAAAUAUAUCACGAGGUUGAAUUAGUACGCUCGCGUAACGGAUCGAUGUGUGAGGUGAAGUAGUAAAUUGGAAAGAUUGACACAUUCGGGACAUGGUAUUAAUCCUUUGGGGCUUUAUCGGUUACAACGAUAAUUGCGUGCAAUUAAGUGCGACUGGUUAUUUCGCGCUUUUUACGGCGUCGUUCAAUCGCGCUAAUAAUGCGCUCGUUAACGAUUCCCGCGUGCAAUUUCUCCCUCGGAGAUAAUGCGCGAAUCGUUACCACCUAAUCAUUGGUUGUGAAAAAGAAUAUUGCUCAAAGCGGCAAUUAUGCAAUACAUACAACAACGUUCCCAAAGGAUUAAUUAGAAAAGGAAAAAAUAUAUAUAAUCGAACACAUGAGCGCUCAAAUGUAGCUUGAUAGUUUUGAAAUUGAUCGCGUAGCGUAAAGUGAAGAGCUGUCGAAGAAUAUUUUUCGAUAGAACUUGCGGCGUGUGUGUGUGUGUGUGCGUGUGUGUGUGUGUGUGUGUGUGUGUGUGUGUGUGUGUGUGAGUGAAUGUAGGUGAGUCGUGACGUGUUAAAAGAGAAUGAGAAUAUAAAAAAAAAAGAUUGCUUCCAGAUCCAUACGCGAUUCAAAAAUUUGUCGUACGAAAGACCGAACGGUUUUGCGCGAUUACGUUCGUAGAAAAUGAAGAAUCUUCGUUCCACAAACCUGUUCCAUUAAUUUCGUUCGCAACCGUCCAUAUGAUUGUUGGCUUUCUAGCGAGAUCGCACUGUUUUAUCACAAGUUGUUGAAGAAGCAGGGAUAAUUACAUACAUAUAUAUACUAUACACAUACACACAUGUUGGAAACGUUCACGUACAUUGUUGUGCGAAGGGCUUUCAGAAAAUUUUAUAAGCGCGUUGGUCGUCGGUGAUCGCAAUUAUAUUAUUAUAUACAAGUAAAGUUGUAGUAUAUAGGCAUUAGGCAAAACUGUUGUUGUUGUCUCGUCAGCACGAGCACCAGUCGUUUACGAAUGAGUCGAGAUUUAGGAUAACGUCGCUUCGAUCCCCCUCAGUAUUACUAGUGUGCACGAUAAAGUAACGUAGAUCGUUUUUUAAUCGUUUUCAUGUACGUUUCACGUACACGCGGGCAGCUAUGAGUCGCGACAAAUUAUUCGAUGUGCAAGCAGUCGUUACACCAGCCGAUCUUAUCGAAUGCACAUUUUUUCUGCCAUUAUUCGUGUACAUUUUUUAAAGAAACAUUCAUGUUAUUCACGAACAAAGUUGGAUUCACAAACAUUCUAUAGACACUCCUGCAAGAAAAUAAUAAAUUCUUAAGAUAUUUUUUUAACAAUUAGCACAGGAGUUGUGUUCGACCAAUAAAAGAUAAACAAAUUCAUAAAAAUUAACUUUAUUAUACUAUAUAUUAAAAAGAUAUAUAUUAAAAAGACAGAAUAAUUAGAGAUACAAAUUAUUAUUUAAUUGUAAGAGCAAACUUUUAAGAUUGUUAGAUUACAUCAACUCAAAUUUUAUUGAAUUUGAAUUAGAUGAAGAUGAAGGGUUGUAGUUAUCUACAAAAUAACUGAAGAGAAAGCAAUAUUUUACAAAAAAAUGAUAAUAUAUAUACAUACAUAUAUGUAUAUAGAGUGUUUCAUUAUCACCGUAAAAUGCUUUCAAUCACGUAUAUUCUGGAGAAUAGAAAAUCUUACAAUUAGUAUUAAAAUGUCAAGGUCGCAAUAAUUUCGAGUUAUAAGCCAAGUUGACUAAUGGUACCGUGCAACGUUCGCACGCUUAGGCUGUAUUGAUCUGUCAUCUAUUACUCAUUUUCACGUGAUAUAGAUUUUUGCUGCUCAGCUGAUUCUAUUUUUAGUUUCUCAUAUAUUAUAUAUAUACAUUUUGAAAUGCAAGGGAAAGAAUAUUCGGCAUUUAUUUUAUAAUGCGUUAAAUAUUUCGGAAUGACGAAGGCUAUUUACAUACCGGUUGGUACACAAUAGCGCAUGGCGCUCAUUUUUGCGUGCUGUCGCACUACUUAUAAUUAGGUGACACAAUCUACAUACAAUAAUUAAAUCUAACUAGUCGUAUAUGAAAUCUGUUCUUAAAUAAUUCUUUCUCGAAGAUAACAUCGAGUACUAAAAUUGGGGAUAUAAAAAUUGUACUUGCAUAAAGUUUGUACGUUUGAGAAUUAAUCUCUCUUGUCAUCAUUUUUUCAUUUGUUUUAUACGACAUAUCACAUUUCCAAUAGCUUCCCAGAUAAAAUUUUUACGCUAAUACAAUGUUGAUAUUAAA